CCAUCUACAGUAUUUGGAUCUAUUCCUUGGUAAAACAUGUAUUUCUCUUAAGAUAAGACAAUACGUUUAACUAGGAACGAGUAAGUUGUUUUGGUAGACAUACCUAAACAAUUUAUUGAAACGAAAGCAACUGAAAUUUAAUUGGUCUAGAAAGGGUAUUUAACUUGUUCCUCUCUUUUUUCUCUUUUCUUCCCUUUUUUUCCUUGUAUUUCAAAUGACAAUAUCUCAAAGAAAACAUGUCUUGGACAGACUAAAUUAUUAUUAUGAUGUUAUAAACAAAACCAUUCUAUCAAAGCAAAAUGCUGCAAGUGGGUUAAUGCCUGCUUCUACAGCCAUCACUAGCCAUGGUAAUUACACAGAUGCUUGGGUUAGAGACAAUGUAUACUCUAUUUACGCAGUCUAUGGUCUUGCUCUUGCUUACAGAAGAUUGGACGAUAACACUGGAAGAGCAUUUGAGCUUCAAUAUUCCGUUAUCAAACUCAUGCGGGGGCUGCUAUUUUCGAUGAUGCGUCAGUCACACAAAGUGGAAAUGUUUAAGCAGACACAGGCACUAGAACAUUCGCUUCACGCCAAGUACAAUACACAAACAGGCGAUACUGUAGUGGGUGAUUUUGAAUGGGGUCAUUUACAGAUCGAUGCCACUAGUUUCUUUUUAUUAGCACUGGCUGAUAUGACAUCGAGUGGAUUUAACAUUAUUUAUUGCCAAGAUGAAGUAGAUUUUGUUCAAAAUUUGGUGUUUUAUAUAGAACGUGCUUAUCGUACUCCUGAUUAUGGUAUUUGGGAAAGAGGAAACAAGAUCAACCAUGGUCAACCGGAACUCAACUCUUCAUCAAUCGGUAUGGCUGUCGCUGCUCUUCGUGCUAUCAACGGCGUCAAUCUGUUUGGUGCUCGUGGUGGUCCUUCAUCCAUAAUCCAUGUCUUACCUGACGAACUUACCCGUAAUGCUACGACAUUGCACAGCUUCUUGCCUCGUGAAUCUAAUUCAAAGGAAAUUGACGCUUCAGUAUUGUCAGUGAUCGGGUUCCCAGCAUUUGCAGUGGAAGAUCAAGAAUUAAUUCAGCGCACCCGGAAUGAAGUGAUUAAGAAAUUAGAGGGAAAAUACGGGAUGAAGCGGUUUUUGAGAGAUGGUCAUCAAACUGUAGUAGAGGAUACAAGCCGUUUACACUACAACGAGAAUGAGCUCAAAGUGUUUGAGAAUAUUGAGUCAGAAUGGCCAUUGUUCUUUACCUAUAUGGUCUUGGAAGGUUUAUUUACAGGCGAUUUUGAACAGGCUGACGAAUACAGAAGAAAGUUGCAACCAUUAAUUAUAAAUUCAGUCAACCAAGAUCAACUCAGCGAAAUUGCAGUAUCACCUCGACCUACCACAAGCACUGGUUCUAUUUCAUCAGAUCGUCGUUCUUCCAUCACCAUCAACAAUAUUAAGGACCAGUUCGAUCAAGAUGAACAAGAAGACGAUGACGAACAGGUUAAUGUUCCUCUUUUACCAGAACUUUAUUAUGUACCCGCGGAAUCUGUGGAAGCUGAAAGAAAAGAUCCUCAUUCUCAGAAGCGCGUACCAAACGAGAAUGUGCCAUUGGUAUGGGCUAAUUCAUUAUACUUCUUGGGCGAUUUGAUCUCUGAAGGUUUGUUAAGUCCUUCUGAGAUGGAUCCUCUGGGACGUCGCUUUAACAGCUCUAAGAUACAAAAAGACUCUUUGAUACAAAUCGUGCUUUUGUCAGAAGAUCAAGAACUCCAAACUUCUUUAUCAGCUUAUGGCCUUGAGACACAAACGUUGGAGCAAAUUUCAUCUACUACCACUGUUUUACCUGCUCAUGCUUUAGUUGAUGUCUAUAGUGGAUUGGGCUUGAACACCAAGUUGGAAAUGAGUGGUCGACCUAAAAGACCCAUCGGUGUUUUAGGUACUUCACGCCUCUACAAAAUUCAAGGUCAAACUUAUGCAUUUACACCUCAUUUCAUGGACAAUAACGAGUUCUAUAUUAAUGCCGAUCCAGAUUAUUUAGUGUCCGAAUUCGAAAGCGAACUCACCUUUACGAACAACAACUGGUACUAUCCAGGUCGUCCUACCGUGGUUGUCUUGUUAUCACACGCUCUGCUUGGCACCAAGAAGCAAAAGCAUUUACUUUCCAAUUCAGACCCAUCUAAAAAGAAUUUGCUCAAUUUCUUUACCAGUUUAAGAAACGGCAUUGCUUGCCAGGGUAAUGUGCGCGUUAAACUCUGUCGAUUGGCCGAGACACUUAACACAAGCAGUAUUCAAUCUUUGGACUUUUUGAUCAAUAAGCCUGAAGUCAACUGGAAGCGUAUUAUCAGAGUUGCAAGUGCUUCAAGAAAUGCUUCUAGAAAGAAACUUGGAUUCAAUGAGCGCAAAACGCAAGCUAGUACACCGGGGCAUCGUACACCUAAAGGUCAAGGUAGCUUGAGUGGAGGAAGAACACCUAAGCGCAAAAACACGACAUUCUAUGGAAAGUCAUUGGCAUCCCCUCUUGAUAGUUUGCAGGAUAAAAGCUACUUUGAUGAAUUGACAAGUGCUCUUAACAGCUUGAAGGCUAACUCUGAACCAGAAUUCAAAUUGAAGGAUCAUGAAGAGAUUAAGACGACGCAGGCAUCUGAGUCUCCUACCUCCUUGACUUUUGAACCAUCAGAAACCACAAACAAAACUGGUGCAGUGCCUAAAGAGCAAAAGGAUCAAACUGAAUCUCCUUCUGAAAUGCUUUCAUUGACCCUUGGCGAUUCUUCUCAAUUCGAACAAGCUGUUGAAAGUCUUGGUGCUUCCGUCAAUUUAUAUGACCAAAUUGAUUUAUUGCAAUACCUGGCUUCUUGUAGACCUAUUAGUUAUUGCAUUGAUGCUCUUGAUUCCACUAUCUCAGACUUGCUUGAAGAAGUAUAUAUCAAGUCAAUGCGUUCCAAAUACUGGUCAAUUGCUAGACAAGCAGCUGGUUUGUUACACAAGAACGUACCUUCUUUGACUAUCAAUAUUACAGAUCUUGUUAUUCGUCAAAAACAAGUGAGUAUUGGGUCAGGUCCUCAAGAGUAUUUGAUUUCAAUGCCUGUUGCACCAGAUACCUUAAACAAGAUGAUUCGCGAGCACUGCAUCGAUGAUGUGCGUGAAGGUCCUGUUGUUCAAGAAAUUAUUAUCUACCUGGGCCAUUUCAUAAGAACACGACCUGAAAUGUUUGAAGGUAUUCUUCGUCUUAGAACGCAUUACAUCAUUAUUGCCUUGCGAGAAGAAAUUAGUCGUGUCAACAACAGUGAUGAAGAAGAAUCCGUUGAAUACUUGUUUCAACUUUCUCCUUAUGAGCUCAAGUCUCUCUUGUUUACUGUUCUUUCAGGUCCCCGUCUCUGCCAUGCUAAUGAUUUAGUAGUACGAGAUCGUCCUGGAGGAUUCUUGAUGGUUCCCAACACACAACAACAACAACAAAACGAUGGUGAUGACGAUAAUAGCUAUAUCCCAUUAGUAUCAGACACCAAUAAUAGAUCCAUCACAAUUAAAGCUCAAUCCGGUGGUUACUUUUCUGGUAAUUUUGCCAAGGUUGAAAUUAAUGGUUCUGUUAUGGAAGCCAAUUCUCGAGGUAUUCAUGUCUGGGCUAUUGACCGCAACGAGAAUAUCAUUCUGGAACGUGCCUCUUUUGACACUCACAUCUCCAAAGAAGAGAGCAAAGAGUUUGCUAAAUUCCUGGAUUGGUUAGCAGAAGGAAUGAUCGUCGUGAUUGCAUCCAAAGAUGAAUUUGUUGAAAAUUUGACAGAAGAAGCUAUUUUUGCAUUAGAGAGCUUGGGAAGUACUAAAAUUAGAGACAUUCAAUACCGUGAUUCCUAUGUGUUUAUUGGAGAAAAGGGGGACGUUGAGAGCGUUUCAGAGGCUCAUUUAUCAUCCAACGACGGUCCUACUCAAUUGAUUGAAAAAGUCAUUGAAUUGGAAAGCAAGCACGACAGUUCUCAAGACACGAUUACUAAGGACAACAUAAGCAACUUUUUCCCAAAUUCCAAUGGUCGCUGGUUGCGUCGACGCAAGAACGACGGUGCGCUCAAUCGUGUACCAUCUUCUCAAUUCUUCCCUCAAGUUUGGUCUAUUCUGGAUAAUUCCAAGGGUUUGAUCAUUAGAAACUAUAAUUUGCCUCGUGAUCCAAUUGUGUUGGAAAAGACACCCGAAGAAUUUAACUUUGCUUUGGCUGUAGAAUCUUUCUUGGGUUGGUUCACUGAUCCUGUCGAACGACAAAUUGCUGUCGAGAUCCUGUCUAUUCUUUACAAGCAGCACAAAUCAAACAUGGAAUGGUUGGAUCUUCCUCUUAUUGUCAACAAUUCAGCUAAAAAGUUUUGGGACAAGUGGAUUAAUCUGAACAAGUCUUGUAUUGAACGAGGUGGCGAAUUGUUCCAAAAUGGUGAUUGCUUUGAAACACAUACUGAUUUAGCUAGACAAUUAUUCUUUGAUCUUCCUUCUGAUGGCACUGAAAGUACCUCUACAUACAUUUUGGCAAGUCUUGCUGAAAUCACUUGUUAAAAUUAAUUAAAAAAAAAGAACCACUU